UGCCUGGACCUGCAGCUGCUGAAAGAGACAUGGAUGUGUUCGGUGCAAGCAACCGCUAUGCAGGAGAAGGCGACAACCCGAUUCUGGACCAGGACCUGGAUGAUCCUGACGGCUAUGAAGAACCGGACCCGGGGCUGCUUGAGGAAAAAAAUGAGUCGUUCUCAGAGGCGCUUCCGCGGCUUUUUAUCAACCCCUUGCGGUGGCAAAACCUGACCCUGCGAGCCCGUGCCCGCCAGUUGUGGCUGCUCCUACGUAUAGGCCUCCAUGACGUCGUGGAAAAGGUGUGGCUCACCUUGGCAUCUGCCUUGAGACCUCUCUCCUGGUUCGGCUCUUCUCCUAGGGGUCCCCAGCACGACCCCGGCGGAAACCUCUCUGCUCCCCUGGGUGGGUGCACUGCCUGCCCCAACUCCCCCUAUGUUGAUUACAGGCCUGUACGUCCCAUCCCGCAGGAAAAGAGAGCCGAGCUGAGUGUGGCGCGCUUGACGCACGGGCUGGAGCCGCUGCGCCGCCUGGAGGUGGCAGCUGGGCUGUGCUCAGUGGCUCAGGACCCGGUGGGCAGACGCUUCGUGGCACUGGAUCGCGCAGGCUGGCUGCACCUGCAUAGAGAGGACGGCUGGGCCCGCGAGAAGCUACUGGCCCCCGUCGCGCUCACAGGGCUGGUGGCAGUGCUGGGCCCACUGGGCACCGUGGGCCGCUUUGUGGGCUGGGGCCCCGCGGGGCUGGCCAUACUCAGGCCGGACCUCAGCUUGCUGUGGCUGAGCCAGCCAGGAGGGUUGCACAGGGCACCAGGCCGCGAACCCAUCUGCUGUCUGCCGGUGCCGGACCUGGGCCUGCUGCUAGUGGCGGAGGCAGGCGACAGCCUGGCGCUCUGGAAGUUUCGUUCAGGAGGUCGCCGCCUGGUGCAGCACAGGUCACCUCUGCAGCUACCGCCAAGCCCCAUGGGUGCCCUUACGCGUCUAGCUCUGGGGCCCCUGCCUCCCGACGACGUCUUGUGCUGCUUUGCGGCCUGCGGCUCCGCCGUGCUCACCUUCAAUCUGCAUACCUGGGCUCUCAUAGAUGUGCAACGGGAUCUGCACAAAACCACCAUCUCCGACCUGGCGUACUGUGCAGCGGCAGAGGUUAUGGUGACGGCUUCCUGGGACAGCACUGUGAAGGUGUGGGAGUCUGACUGGCAGAUCCGGAUGGUGUUUGUGGGCCACACAGGCCCGGUGACAGCUAUAGCCGUGCUCCCGAACACGUUCCUGGUGCUGUCGGCCUCGCAGGACCGGACGCUGCGCACGUGGGACCUGCAGGCUGCGGCACAGGUGGGCGAGGUAGCGCUGUGUUGCUGGGUCCAGGACAUGCGGUUCCGGCGCGUGAACCGCCUGCUGGCGCCCGCCGGCCCCGGCUGGCCGGUGCUCUCCUUGCGCGAGAGCAGCUUGGAGCUGUGGCGCCUGCGCGAACUCUACUCACCCUUGGCGCAGCUGUCUGCGCCGGUGCUCCACCUGCAGAUGGCGCCGCCGCUACCGGCGCCUCCGCACCCACCGCUGCCCGCGCGCCUCGUGUGCGCGUGCGCCGACGGCGCGGUCUACCUGGUGUCAGUCGCGACCGGGCGCACCGUGAGCGCUCUGCUGCUCGAGCCCAACGACUGCGCGGCCGCCGUGGCCUACUGCUUGCCGCGGGAACAGCUGUGGCUGCUGACCCGCGCCGGACACUUGGUGUGCGCCAACGCGGCGCGCUGCCCCAUGCGCGUGCUGCACCGCGUGUGCCCUCCACCGCCCCCGGCGCGCAGGCCCUGCUGCCUGCACCUCUACAGCCACCUCAUAGACCCCAGUAGUGCAUUUGCCAUAUGGGAGAUCGUGCGCCAGCGCGGGGGCGAGCUGUGCCGAAGCGACAUGGCCUGGGCCUGGAAGGACAAGAACCGGUACCUGCCCGUGGUGGGGUACACGGAUGGCACGCUGUCGGUGCUCGAGUGGCGCUCGUCAAACCCUGUCUUCCAUACGGAGGCACACAACCCCAGCCCGGUCACUGCCAUUGCGUCCACCUGGAACAGCGUUGUGUCCUCGGGCGGAGACUUGACAGUGAAGGUGUGGCGGGUCUUCCCGUAUGCUGAGGAGAGCCUGAGCCUGCUGCGCAGCUUCUCCUGCUGCCACCCAGCCGUGGUGCUCUGUGCACUUGGGCAGCGCAUCACUGUGGGCUUUGAGGACCCGGACAGCGCCACCUAUGGUUUGGUGCAGUUUGGCCUGGGCAACAGCCCACGCUAUGAUCACCGGCCCCAGGAUGACCCCAUGGACCACAUCACCGGCCUGUGCUGCUGCCCCACACUCAAGCUGUAUGCCUGCUCCAGCCUGGACUGCACCAUCCGCAUCUGGACAGCAGAGAACCGCCUGCUGCGGCUCCUGCAGCUGAAUGGCGCCCCACAGGCCUUGACCUUCUGUAGCAACAGUGGGGACCUGGUGCUGGCGCUGGGCUCCCGCCUCUGCCUGGUAUCCCACAUGCUCUACCUGCCCACAUCCUACCUGGUUAAGAAGCUGUGCCGGAAGGCCCCUGAUGUGGUAGAUGACCCCCCACUGCCGCUGACAGGCCAGGAGUCGCUGACCUCAGCCCAGCUGCAGCAGCUCGCCAACCUGCAUAGGGCGGCCAGUGUUAGCACGGCGUUGUCUUUCAUCCAUCACCAGACAGCAGCACCUCAGCAGCCAGUGUUGGAGGAGGACUUUGAAGCUCUAGUUUCCCGGGACCGAGACCUUCGGCAGCUGAGACUGGGGCUGGUGGUCCCAGUGGCCCGGCCCCUACCAUCCUGGCAGCAGCGCCAAGAGGCCUUUGAUAACUACCUGCGUCUGAUUUACGGCCCUGUCCUGCUGGGCAUUCAUUCUGAAAGAGAGUCCCAAGAGUGCAGCAUCGUGACCCUUGCAAUGGAGAGAGAGACCUGCGAUGUGUGCACCCUGCCCAGAGUUGUCCCCAGUCUUGGGCAGGCUGGGGUCUGCACUGACACCCCAACAGCCUUGCCCCCACAGGGCCUAGGGGCCCUGGGCCGGGGCUUUGCACGCCCUCCCCGAAUCACCUUGCCCAUACCACCCAUCCUCCGGAGGGUGCACAGCAUGGCAUCCCAGGUGAGGCCUCCCACCCCUCACCCUCACCUUGUGCCCUCUGUCCCUCACACUAUGACUCCUCCUCCCAUGCCCCAGCUGCUGGCCCGCUCCUCCCUGAGCUGUGAGCUGGGCCUCAGUCUGGACCGGCAACUGCAGUCAGAGCAGUUCCACCCGGAGAAGCCUAUGGCCUUGGACCCAUCCUCCUCCCACCUGCAGAACAGGAUCCCCCUGCUUCAGAAGAGGCGGCCCAGGGAGCUUCUCUCCAACCUUGGGGGCUUCUUUCCUGCCACCAUUCAGUCCUACAAGUACUUGCCAAGGCCGAUCCGCUUCCCUGGCUGCGUGCCCAACUCUGCGGUGCUGCAGCGGAUGUGGCUGCCCUGGGAGGUUGGCCGCCUUGGAGCCCUGGCCCAGCUCACCAGCCGCCGCCGCAGACCUAAGCCACGCCCAAGCCUGGACAGCCUGUGGCAGCCAUGGGUCAUUAGACGACGCCAUGCCAAGGAGCACCAGAAGCAGAUCCAGUGGUUGGAGGAGGAGGAGGAGGAGGAGGAGGAGCAGCAGGAUCUGGAUCUGGACUGGGCCUCAGAUUCCCUGAGCCCACAUGGGGAGCUCUCUGAGUCAGAGGAGCCAGAGGCUCAGAGCUCAGAGGACUUGACCCCGAAGCCCACGAGCUCCCAGGACACUGCUGCCGGGACCGAGACCUACUAUGGGCAUUCGUUCUGGGAAGAGCGCUACGGGCAUCUGCCCAGCUUCCUGCAUUUUUUUGUCUCCCAGAACUGGUUCAAAAAGCUGUUCCCCAUCUUCACCCUGGAGGCGUACCCUGAGGUGGGCACGGUGGAGGGCCUGGCCUCUCUGCUCACUGACCUGCUGAAAGAGGCCUCCUGGGCGGACCGUGUGUACAUCCUGCAGGCACUGCUGAGGCUGCUGCCUGAUAUGAGCAAAGACCUCUGUAGCCGGCUGCAGGGCAUCCUCCUGCGCUUGCUCAACCUGGACCAGCCCCCCAGCUUCGAGGACAGGACACAGAAGCACUUUGUGAUGCUGGCACUGCAGGUGCUCAUGGCCUGCUCCAUGGAGUCCCGCGAGGCGGUGCUGGAACUCAUGUCCUUCUUCCUCUACUCACCAGCCUCCUGCCAGCCUGAGCUCAAGAAGCUGCUGGAUGCGCUAGGCCUCCAGGACCCACAGGGCUUCCUGUUUAAGGACAUGAUGACCUGGGUCCACAGCCAGGACCUCGACUCCAAGGCCACACUGCGCAAAUGCUGCUGCCAGAAGCUGGAGGAAAUGAUCCAGCAGCUACAGAUGGAAAUCCUGCAGCUGUCUGAGAUGCCAUCCAAGAUCUCUGAGACCUCAGCACUUCCCUCUCCUCCCAAGGAGGGCCUAUCACAGAUUUCGAUGGUCUCUGGGAUGCCCAUUCACAUCUCUGUGACACCCUCUGUUCAAUCCCGGAUGUCCUCACUGGUGGUCUCGCCUGGGGAGCCAAACUUGGCCACCCCAGAGGGCCAGGCUCAGCAGAUGCUCUCACAGCUACGUGUUUGUCCGACGAGACGCAGGAUCUCUGAGAUACUGCCACACUUCUCCUUGCCUGGGGUCCACUUGCACUCCUUGGCACUGGCCACACUGCCCAAUGAGCCACUGCCACUGGAGCAGACACGGUGGUCACAGGUGCACAUGCUGGACCUGGAGACAAUCGAUGCGCUCAACUUCUUCUGCAAGCAGCAGGCACGGCAGCAGAGCUCCCUGCCUGAGACCAAGAGCCUGCGCCCGAGUGCACAGUUGAGCCUGUACCCACAGGUGCCCAACACAGUGGUGCCACAGCCCCGGGAUCAGCGGCACUACCCCUUCUUCCGGCUUCAGGAGGGCAAGGUCCAGGGGUCUCCAAUGAGACUGAAGGGCCAGAUGGUUUCCAGGCUCUGGGCAGGCCGCACCCUUGACGGCCCCAUCCGGAUGCUGAAGCUGCCACUGCCACGGGUGGAACUGCAGCCUUUCCCCCCAGGCUGGCCCAGACCUGCCCGUCCGCUGCCCCCACUGCUCCUGCAGCCCACCCUGCAGCGAUACUUUCUGCCAGACAACACGGACCCUGGCAGCUACAGCUGACCUGGUUCGCAGCCUUGCCCAACCCCAUCCCUAGCUUCCCCUUCUUUCCAGCAUGGAGUCUGGGCGUGGCUCUCCAGCCAGCUGCUUACCCCUGGCCAAGGCCUGGGGCUGGAAUAAAGUCCAGAGGCUGUGGUCAGCAAA